CGUCACCACCAAUGCAGGAGGGACUUGUAUUGUGGAUUUAACCAGUUGUAUAUAUAAGUAAACGUUUGUUGCCAACAUUAAAUCCGGAGAAUUUGUCAAAUCCAGCUGUGAAGUAACUUAACCCAUACACGUAUACUAUCCGUCACAUCUAAAAGCAUCACCACCAUCCACAAUGUCAGACACCCACUUCAGCAAAGGGGGCAGUUUCGAGCCCAUCCCACAAAAGGCACAGGCUCAAGACUUGCCAGGACUCGAAAAGAAGAUGGAACCGUCCAGCGAGUCAACAAAGCUGGAGGGCGCGGGCCAGGCAUACGAAUACCUGGCCGCCGGCAAGCUCAAGGGCUGCAAAGCUCUCAUCACGGGCGGAGAUUCCGGCAUCGGCCGCGCCAUUGCCGUCCUCUACGCACGGGAGGGUGCCGAUGUUAGCAUCGUUUACCUGCCUGAGGAGCAGCCCGACGCCGAGGAUACCAAGAAGAUGGUGGAGAAGGAAGGCCGCCAGUGCCUCCUGAUCGCUGGUGACCUGAUGGACCAUCGCAGGUGCAAGGAGGCCAUCCAAAAGCACGUCGACGCGUUCGGCAUCAUCCACGUCCUCGUCAACAACGCCUCGAAGCAGAUGAUGUGCGAAGACUUUGCCGAGAUUGACCUGGACAACGUCGAGAGCACCUUCCGGAGCAACAUCCUCCAGAUGUUUGCCAUGUCCAAAUACGCUUUACCGCAUAUGAAGAAGGGCGGAUCCAUCAUUAACACCACCUCAACCAUCGCCUUCCGCGGCACCAGCUCCAUGGUGGACUACGCCGCGACCAAGGGCGCUAUCGUGUCCUUCACGCGGUCGCUCGCUCUGAACCUGAUGCCCAAGGGUAUCCGCGUCAACGCCGUGGCGCCGGGCCCCGUCCACACGCCGCUGCAGCCGUCGUCGCGGCCGGCCGAGCAGAUGGCCGAGUUCGGCACCAAGUCGGGUAUCGGCCGGGUCGGCCAGCCGAGCGAGAUCGCGCCGAGCUUUGUGUUUUUGGCGAGCAAGGAUGCCGAGCUGUAUUAUGGGCAGGUGUUGCAUGCUUAUCCGUUGGGGGAUUAGGGGGGGUUCAGUGGCUGGGGGUGGACUUGGGGAGGAGUGUCGUAUGUGUAGGGGCUAUGUGUUUGUAACUUUGUAUGUUGGGUGAAAGCUAGGCCGUCAAAGAUGCGAUUGAGGAGCUGAAGCGAAUCUCAUGGAAUUAAACUCUCUCAUAGUGUACCUCUACGUAUUGGAAAUUUACACGUGCAUCUUCCUAA